AUGGAUAGCGAUACUAUAGCCAUCGACGACGGCGUAUCCCGAGUGUCGGGCUACUAUGGGCCCGGUGCAGUAGGGGCCUGGUGGCUACUUUCCCUCACGGCGCUGAUCGGCUCAUUCACCGGAGACCGCGCAGCCCCCGGCGGUGCCAAGCCGCCUUCGAUUUGGAACCUCUUCAACAUUGACGCAAACCUCCUCGGUGCCGUGGGAUACCCACUUGUUGCUAGUCUCGACCUUCUGUACAACCUCAAGACAUAUACCUCGGAUCCCCAAUCAAUGGCGCUGUACUGCGCGCCACUCCUCAUCUUGUUCGAGGCCGAGAUCAUCAUGGCAGCCCUCCUCGGCGGAGUCGGGACGCGCAUCUAUAGAAGGCAGCCGCGGACAAUUGAUUUUGUGUUCGUCGCCCUGUCUUUGGUCUACUUUUACCUGUCCCGUCGGAUUGCAAUACUGGUUUGCAUAGACAAGCUAGUCCUCUUUGCCGACCAUUCACUCGCACCCCUCUCAACAUGGGCUAUAUGUGAAGGCGUCCAUCACAUCAGUGCAUGCCAGCGAACCAUGGACGACUACAUCAACAGGGACUUUUAUCCGGACAUACUCGACCAAAGUGGUGAUUCCAAACCAAGUGAAUCCCAUGCCACUGGCUAUGAGGAAAACGAAGUCAUGACGGUCUUUUUUAUUCUAUUCGGCGUGGGCGGAACUGUUUCUGUUGGCUUAAGAUCAUUGCUGGAUGAAGGGUGGGAAAGUCUGACUUAUUGGUACAAAGUGGUGGAUUUCUUUCUAGCUGCUUGUUUUGGCUGGUUAGGCUGGUUCAUCUUCUGGUUCAUCAUAUUGCCGUUCGUGUUGAAUAUGGUUGUUUUGUUCCAGUUCGUUUUCACGAUGCUUUUACUUAAACUUUUCAAGAUAAAACUAGGUGGAGGUAUGAUUCCUCAAAGUGCGGCAUCGUUCUUGGACCUGGACCAGAUGGCUGCAUUCAUGGUUGGUGGAUUGGUGCCACUUGUAAUGAGAGCAGCACCAGUCUUGAGGCGUCUGCUGGCGAGUUGUCGUCACAGAAUCCUGCGUGGAAAUGGAAACACGGUAAACGAUGGAGACGUAGUCUAA